CCCAGGGCCGCUUGCUUCCUGUUUGUCCGACGAGAAGACAUGGCGGCGGCUUCGCCGGCGGCUGGGUCUGGGGCCGGCCGAGGGCGGCGGGCGGCGGCAACGGUGGCGGCCUGGGGCGAAUGUGGCGGCCGGCCGCGGCCCGGGAACAUUCUGCUACAGCUGCGGCAGGGCCAGCUGACAGGCCGGGGCCUGGUGCGGGCUGUGCAGUUCUCUGAGACGUUUUUGACAGAGAGGGACAAACAAUCCAAGUGGAGUGGAAUUCCUCAGCUGCUCCUUAAGCUGUACGCAACCAGCCACCUCCAUAGUGACUUCGUUGAGUGCCAAAACAUCCUCAAGGAAAUUUCUCCUCUUCUCUCCAUGGAGGCUAUGGCAUUUGUUACUGAAGAGAGGAAACUUACCCAAGAAACCACUUAUCCAAAUACUUAUAUUUUUGACUUGUUUGGAGGUGUUGAUCUCCUUGUAGAAAUUCUUAUGAGGCCUACAAUCUCUAUACGAGGACAAAAAUUGAAAAUAAGUGAUGAAAUGUCCAAGGACUGCCUGAGCAUCCUGUAUAACACCUGUGUCUGUACGGAAGGAGUUACAAAGCGCUUGGCAGAAAAGAAUGACUUUGUGAUUUUCAUGUUUACACUGAUGACAAGUAAGAAGACAUUCUUACAAACAGCAACCCUCAUUGAAGAUAUUUUGGGUGUUAAAAAGGAAAUGAUCCGACUAGAUGAAGUUCCCAAUUUGAGUUCUUUAGUAUCCAAUUUUGAUCAGCAGCAACUUGCUAAUUUCUGCCGGAUUCUGGCUGUCACCAUUUCAGAGAUGGAUACAGGGAAUGAUGACAAGCACACCCUUCUUGCCAAAAAUGCUCAGCAGAAGAAGAGCUUGAGUUUGGGGCCUUCUGCAGCUGAAAUUAACCAAGCGGCCCUUCUCAGCAUCCCUGGCUUUGUUGAACGGCUUUGCAGACUAGCAACUCGAAAGGUAUCAGAGUCAACGGGCACAGCCAGCUUCCUUCAGGAGUUGGAGGAGUGGUACACAUGGCUAGACAAUGCUCUGGUGCUGGAUGCCCUGAUGCGAGUGGCCAAUGAGGAAUCCGAGCACAAUCAAGCCUCCAUUGUGUCCCCUCCUCCAGGGGCUUCUGACGAGAAUGGCCUGCCUCACACUUCAACUAGGACCCAGCUACCCCAGUCAAUGAAGAUUAUGCAUGAAAUCAUGUACAAACUGGAAGUGCUCUAUGUCCUCUGCGUGCUGCUGAUGGGGCGUCAGCGAAACCAGGUUCACAGAAUGAUAGCAGAAUUCAAGCUGAUUCCCGGGCUCAAUAAUUUGUUUGACAAGCUGAUUUGGAGGAAGCAUUCAGCAUCUGCCCUUGUCCUCCAUGGUCACAACCAGAACUGUGACUGUAGCCCGGACAUCACCUUGAAGAUACAGUUUUUGAGGCUUCUUCAGAGUUUCAGCGACCACCACGAGAACAAGUACUUGCUACUCAACAACCAGGAGCUGAAUGAACUCAGCGCCAUCUCUCUCAAGGCCAACAUCCCCGAGGUGGAAGCCGUUCUCAACACCGACAGGAGUUUGGUGUGUGAUGGGAAGAGGGGCUUAUUAACUCGUCUGCUGCAGGUCAUGAAGAAGGAGCCAGCUGAGUCAUCUUUCAGGUUUUGGCAAGCCCGGGCUGUGGAGAGUUUCCUCCGAGGGACCACCUCCUAUGCAGACCAGAUGUUCCUGCUGAAGCGAGGCCUUUUGGAGCACAUCCUAUACUGCAUCGUGGAUAGUGAGUGCAAGUCGAGGGAUGUGCUACAGAGUUACUUCGACCUCCUGGGGGAGCUAAUGAAAUUCAAUGUUGAUGCAUUCAAGAGAUUUAAUAAAUACAUCAAUACUGAUGCAAAGUUCCAGGUGUUUCUGAAACAGAUCAACAGCUCGCUGGUGGACUCCAACAUGCUGGUGCGCUGCGUCACUCUGUCACUGGACCGGUUUGAAAACCAGGUGGAUAUGAAAGUGGCCGAGGUUCUGUCCGAGUGCCGCCUGCUUGCCUACAUAUCCCAGGUGCCCACGCAGAUGUCCUUCCUCUUCCGCCUCAUUAACAUCAUCCACGUCCAGACGCUGACCCAGGAGAACGUCAGCUGCCUCAACACCAGCCUGGUGAUCCUGAUGCUGGCCCGGCGGAAAGAGCGGCUGCCCCUUUACCUGCGGCUGCUGCAGCGGAUGGAACACAGCAAGAAGUAUCCAGGCUUCCUGCUCAACAACUUCCAUAACCUGCUGCGUUUUUGGCAGCAGCAUUACCUGCAUAAGGACAAGGACAGCACCUGCCUGGAAAACGCGCCCCCCAGCCCCUCUCUCUUUGCCCAGAGCUCCUGCAUCAACUUCUCAUACUGGAAGGAGACGGUGUCCAUCCUGUUGAACCCAGACCGCCAGUCUCCCUCGGCCCUCGUCAGCUACAUUGAGGAGCCCUACAUGGACAUAGACAGGGACUUCGCUGAGGACUGACCUUGGGCCAGGCCUCAGGAGGCUGCUGGGCCAGGGCCAGUGCGGGUGAGCGUGGGUAUGUUUGCCACGCGCCCUGCCUGCCCCACCCCCGUGCUGCCUCCCUCCAUGCUCAGCCUGCUCCCCAGGUCUUCAGGUACAGGCUUAGGGGAGGGAGCAUCCUAGAAGCCGUCCGGCCCCAGGUCAUUGGGGAACCUUCGUUCCCUUAAGAGCUCUAUGAUGAGGACAAGGGCACUAUGCCCACCCUUCCUUCAGAACCCUGGGGCCCUGGCCUACCUGGAGUCAGGGGGACUUUUAAAAGUAGCUCUGUCUGAGCUCCUGCCCAGUUUCUCAGUUGUCAGCCGUGGGACAGGGAGGGAGAUAUGGGCACACUGCCACCUCUUCCCCCACUGCCCCCAUCAUCUGUGAGCCAAACUUGCCCUGGCCUUUGGACUCAGGCAAAGGCUUCUGAGCCCCUGGGCAGGGGUGGGGGUACUGGAGAAUGCCACCUUCCCCCAUGCCUGCCCAUAUGUCCCUCCCUCGUUUUCCUUUAGCUCCUCUGGUUCUGUUUGCUCACUGGCUGCUGUUCCUCUGGGGGGGGGGGUCUCCCCAGAAGCGGGAGCCUUUCCCUUCAUCCCUUGGGGCAUGGGGCAGCUCUGCCCUACCCCAGGGCAGCAUCUCCUGCCUGAGCCCAAACAAACACAGGAGCAUGGCUGGGAGCACAGCCCUGGCCCUUCCUCACGCCACCAAUUUAUUAACAGCAGCAAAUAAACCAACUAAAUGGAGACUAUUAAAGAAUUUUAUUUUAAAUGA